AUGACAUGGCUGAAGAAGCCGCCCGCCGUGACUCAACAGCCGCAGCCAGAGCCCAAGGAAUCUAAAGAAGAAAACACCCCCCCAGUCGCCGCCAAUCCCUCACCACCCGCUCCCAAAGAUUCCCUCCCCAAACUAACUCCCCUCAAGCCACUCGCGCCUCACAUCAGCAUCGAGCCCCUCACCGCGACGACCAUCCCAUCCUUCCGCCGCCUCAACUCCCUCCUCCUCGAGAUCCCCUACCCGCAAAAAUUCUACGACGAGAUCCUCACCGACAGCGUCACGUCGGCGCUGACGCUCGGCGCCUUCUGGCACCCCACCGAAGCCAACGGCAGCGAGAGCAGCAAUGGCGUGGGCGGCAAAACCGUCCUCGUAGCCGGGAUCCGGUGCCGGCUGCUCGAGCAGUCCGCGCUGCCCAUGCCCGCCGGCGCAGGCGCCAGCACCACCACCUCCGGCCCCUCCAAACCCCUCCUCUACAUUGCCACGCUGAGCACGCUCUCCCCCUACCGCGGCCACGGCCUCGCCACGCACCUGCUGCAGCGCGUGACGCGCACCGCGGCGCGGGACUACGACGUCGGCGCCGUGUGCGCGCACGUGUGGGUCCGCAACGAGGAGGGGCUGGCGUGGUAUCGGCGGCGAGGGUUCGAGGUCGUGGGGACCGACGAGGAGUAUUAUCGGCGGUUGAGGCCGCAGGGGGCGUGGCUGGUGAAGAAGCGGGUGGGGGUGUGGGAUGUGCUUGAAGGGUGA